AUGGGUAUUGAUUUGAAAGCAGGAGGACGCCGCACCGGGCAUAAGAGCUCGAUGAAGGUUGUAAAGACCAAGAAUCCUUACAACCGUCUUCUCAUCAAGCUCUACAAGUUCUUGUCACGAAGAACUGACUCCAAGUUCUGCGCCACAGUUUUGAAGAGAUUGCACAUGAGCAAGCUCAACAAACCCCCUAUCGGUCUUAACCGUCUUUCCAAGUACAUGACCAACAAGGAUGGUAAGACUGCUGUCAUUGUCGGAAAGGUCACAGAUGAUGUUCGUAUGUUGGAAUGCCCAAAGAUGUCUGUCUGCGCCCUUGGAUUCACUGAAUCCGCCAGAAAGCGCAUUGUAGCAGCCGGAGGAGAAUGCCUUACUUUCGAUCAACUCGCCUUGAAGGCACCCAAGGGAACCAAUACUGUCUUGCUUCGUGGACCCAAGUCCAGAAGCGCCCUUGCCCACUUUGGUCACAGCACUUCCGUCACCAACCCACACACCCACGAUGGUGUCAAGCCAUACGUCAGAUCCGAAGGACGCAAAUUCGAAAAGGCCCGUGGUCGCCGUCGCUCCAAGGGAUUCAAGGUCUAA